AUGGACAAAUAUCUGGAUGAUGAUCAAAUUGAUUAUGAAACUAAAAUACAUUUUAUGACUCAAUAAUACUCUGAAAUUGUAAAGAAAAUUAAAACUAAAGCAUUCAAAAUAAAAGUACCUGAAAAUUACACUCAAUAAAUGAUUGAUGAAUAUGCUCAAAUCAGUGAUAAGAAAAAGAGAGAAUAGUUUGAUCAAUAAUUUGAUUAGUUGGCUGAUCAAAUUAUACAAACUAUUCAAUAGAGUUCUGAAACUCUUUCAUCUUAAAAGGUUUCUUAAACAGAUCUACAAAAUUUGGAUGAAGAUAUUUAGAUCAACAUUAAAACCUAAGUAUUGACAGAACAAUUAUAAUAAUCUGUUGAAUAUUAGGAAGAUUUGGAUGAAGAAUUAGAUAAAAAUCAUAGGAAAUUUAAGAAGAUCAUCAAGUUUGAUAAUUCCAAUAAAAAAUCAAUUAAAAAACAAUCAAUUAGAAUCUAAAACUAAUCAGAUACUGAUUUAAUCUCAUCAUUCCUUGAUCAAAGGAGUUCUAAUCCUUAAUUCUAAGCACAAGACCUUUCAGAUCUUUCCCAAGAAUUAAAAAGGUCCAAAAUUAAAUACAUUGGAUAAUAGGAUAAUAAUAAAAAAAAAAGCAACUUCGAUUAUUAAUAUACUGAUUCUGAUAAUUUGGUUAACGAAUCAAAUUAGAAAUAAACUAAUAAUGAGAGAUAUAAAUUUAAAAACAUUUCUCGAAAUUAACCAGGCUAAGUUGAAUAAACAGAUUUAAUAGAAUUCGAUUAUUCAAAAACAAAAAAUGAUUAUUAAAAAGACAAUAAAAUUCCAAGAAAAUUGUCUUAAAUUGAUAAUUCAUUAAAUCGAUAAAGUGUUAGAAAUUAUUCAAAUAAUUAUUCUCAUUAAUAAAAUUCUUCCUUAAAUAUUUAUUCAAAUUAGAGUUUGGAUAAAUUUGAAAACUCAAAAAGUAAUAAGAACCUUAUUUAAGAUGACAUAAGCAAAAGAAUUGAGUAGUAAUUGUACUAAGUUCAAUCAGUAAUAUAAAGAAAGAAAUUUGGAGUGAUCGAUAAAUUACUGGAUGCCCAAUCCGUUUUCGAUGUGGAGAUAUGUCUAGCUGAUUUCCCCUUGAAUAAGUCAAUUUCUAAUAACGGAUAAGAGGAUAAGUAAAUUUUUCAAUAAUUGUAACUCUUUAUUUAAAUGUAGAUUUGCUUGAUCAUUCCUAUUCUAAAUUAAUUGAAUCGAAAGUCCAUGGAUAAUGAAAGCAUUUUUGAGACUAAAUCAGGAAGCAGUGAUGAUAAUAACUGA